AUGGCCAGAGAACGAUAUUACAUCACUCGGAACCACCCUAUGCUGAUGGGUUUGCAGGGGACCGCUGUUUGGAUCUCUAAAUAUUCUUCCCUCUCAAAUGCACUUCGCGACACCCUUCGCCCAAUCGACCAAGAGCUUUAUGCCGCGAAGAGCCUCUAUCAUCGCGAACCGUCGGUAUAUUUUAAUGGCCAGAAUGGGAUAUCACUAGAUGCCAUCAAGCGACGCGACUUCUCGAGCCUCGCCGACAAGGACGAAUCUGCCUUCCCAACGUUGAGCAGUCCUAGGCCUUCUCUGAGAAUACAGCUGCAAGGCUACAAUAAGCAUAGCUCGCAAGUCUGGCUGAGGUCCAGUACCACGCGCUCGCAGCUAGCGCAGAUCAUAUUACGUGAAGUGAUCCAUGUCCUCGAGAAGCGUGAAGGUCGUACAGACAACGCCACCCAUUUCUUAAGGCUUGGUGCCCAGCGGCUCAGGUUGGAAGACGUGUUUCUCGUGGAGGUUCGCCAUGUGUCCAAAGCAAGUUACCAACCGCUGUUCAUGUACAGGCCGGCGGCAUUUUUGAAUUCCAUGAUAACCGACAUCCUGGACCUCUUUAACGUACCUGCCACCGGUCCAUCAAGCACCCGCACACUAAUCAGCUCCUCUACGACGCCAAGGGGAGCCCUCACAGUAUAUGGGCAUUCAUAUAAGCGCAUGUGGUGGGCGUGA